AUGAAGAGCGCCGUCCCACUGCUGUGUCUGCUGUCGUCUGCGGCGGCGCUGCCGCUUGGCAGGAUCGGCACCAGCUCCGGCCUGGCCGAGGGCACCGUGACAGAGGGGCAGAGCCACGGACCGCAGGGUGUCAGCCGCGUCACCACCACCUCGUCUCGCGCAGGGGAGGCAUCAAUCCUCUCGGAGGAGGCGUCGGUCAACUCGCAGGAGGCAUCAAUCCUCUCGGAGGAGGCGUCGGUCAACUCGCAGGAGGCAUCAGUCCUCUCGGAGGAGGCGUCGGUCAACUCGCAGGAGGCAUCAAUCCUCUCGGAGGAGGCGUCGGUAAUCUGGGAGCAGGAGUCGGUUCUCUCGCAGGAGGCAUCAGUCCUCUCGGAGGAGGAGUCGGUCUUCUCGGAGGAGGCAUCAGUCCUCUUGCAGGAGGAGAUCGGCACCAGCUCCGGCCUGGCCGAGGGCACCGUGACAGAGGGGCAGAGCCACGGGCCGCAGGGUGUCAGCCGCGUCACCACCACCUCGUCUCGCGCAGGGGAGGCAUCAAUCCUCUCGGAGGAGGCGUCGGUCAAAUCGCAGGAGGCAUCAAUCCUCUCGGAGGAGGCGUCGGUAAUCUGGGAGCAGGAGUCGGUUCUCUCGCAGGAGGCAUCAAUCCUCUCGGAGGAGGCGUCGGUCAGCUCGGAGGAAGCAUCAGUCCUCUUGCAGGAGGAGUCGGUUCUCUCGGAGGAGGUCCAAUCCACUUCGGAGCCGGCAAUGUCGGCCAGUUCGCGGGUGGCCGAAAAGGACCUGUGCAGGCGACCGACCGUCGGCCCACGGUGUAUUGCGCGGCCCGAGCAGACCGCGAUCGAGCUGUUCGUCGUUCAGGCGGCCCCCGGCUGA